UCUCUCUUACCAAAUAAGAACAAAACAAGACAUAAUUUUCUCUGUUUUCCUAGCUCUCUCCUCUCAAAUUCUUCCAUUGCUCUCUGUUUUGGCAAAUCGUGAACUGCCACGUCUUUAAGGCAUCAGUGAAGCAAAGAUGGACUUUGACGAGGAGCUAAAUCUUUGUAUUACGAAAGGUAAAAAUGUUGAUCAUUCUUUUGGAGGAGAAGCUUCUUCCACGUCCCCAAGAUCUAUGAAGAAAAUGAAGAGUCCUAGUCGUCCUAAACCCUAUUUCCAAUCCUCUUCUUCUCCUUAUUCGUUAGAGGCUUUCCCUUUUUCUCUCGAUCCAACACUUCAGAAUCAGCAACAACAACUCGGAUCAUACGUUCCGGUACUUGAGCAACGACAAGACCCGACAAUGCAAGGCCAGAAGCAAAUGAUCUCCUUUAGUCCUCAACAACAACAACAGCAGCAGCAGUAUAUGGCCCAGUACUGGAGUGACACAUUGAAUCUGAGUCCAAGAGGAAGAAUGAUGAUGAUGAUGAGCCAAGAAGCUGUUCAACCUUACAUCGCAACGAAGCUGUACAGAGGAGUGAGACAACGUCAAUGGGGAAAAUGGGUCGCAGAGAUCCGUAAGCCACGAAGCAGGGCACGUCUUUGGCUUGGUACCUUUGAUACAGCUGAAGAAGCUGCCAUGGCCUACGACCGCCAAGCCUUCAAAUUACGAGGCCACAGCGCAACACUGAAUUUCCCGGAGCAUUUUGUGAAUAAGGAAAGCGAGCUGCAUGAUUCAAACUCGUCGGAUCAGAAAGAACCUGAAACGCCACAGCCAAGCGAGGUUAACUUGGAGAGCAAGGAACUACCGGUGAUUGAUGUUGGGAGAGAGGAAGGUAUGGCUGAGGCAUGGUACAAUGCCAUUACAUCGGGAUGGGGUCCUGAAAGUCCUCUUUGGGAUGAUUUGGAUAGUUCUCAUCAGUUUUCAUCAGAAAGCUCAUCUUCUUCUCCUCUCUCUUGUCCUAUGAGGCCUUUCUUUUGAAAAAGUUUAUAAACCCACAUUGUGUUGUAGGUUAUAGUUUAGGGUUAUGCUCAUUGGCAUUUGGAUGGAGGCAAUUUUUGUGAUCUCCCAUUCCACCACAUAUCAGUCAUUAUAUGUGUCUACCUUUUCUCUGUAUUUCUAUCAUUAUCAUUGUUUUUAUUAUGUGUCUGUAUGUGUUUCCCUAUUGCUACAUACAUAGAUGUCCUCUUUGUUCAUUGAGUUUGUUAUCUGUACUUUUACAACUUGGCAACAUCACAUAGUCUGCAGAGGUUGUUAUAAUGACCUCUGCCUAUCAUGCAAGAUCUUUAUGCAUCUUUGAGUUUCUACGAGAAGUCUCUGGAGAAGUCAAGUGACACUUCCAAAAGAACUAGAGGGUUCGAUUUAAUAGGCAAGAAGAAAGUCCCAAAAGUCU